GUUUGUAAACAGAGCAGUACCACUACCGGGCACCGGCUCACAGUUUCGUAAUUCGUAGUUUCGUACUGUUACCUGAUGCCGGCCUUCGCUGUAGACGGCAACUUGGACUCUUGGAGAUGACCCGGCCGCUCUCGAAUGCCCUCAACGGGCUGAAAAAAGCACUGUCAGAUGGUUUGCCGGCCAACAAACUGAACCCGCUGGUCAACACCGUCUGUGCAAUUACGGAAGACUUGUUCAACAGCCGGGCCGAAGAGGAGCUAGGGUUUGACGUGGCAUCUUUCUUUGACCAUAAUGGCGUUCUCUACAUGCUUCAACAUUGUGAAAUAAAUGUUUCAAUAAAAAAACGACUAUUGAAUUGUUUUAAAAUAAUACUAAAACUGCAAUGUCCAUACUUGGAGUGCUACACAAAUGAAAUUUGGACGUUUUUUAAUAAUUACCUGUAUGCAACAAAAGAUGAAGAAUUUGAUGAGAAUUUAUAUUUUGACAUAUGCAACGCUUUACCCAACUCGAGAUGUGAAAUAAUACAAAAUUUCAACCUCUUCAUUCAUCAAAUACUUCCUACUUUUUAUGAUAGACGAAUUGAAAAAAUGAAAAUUUUAUGCACACUAUUGAAAUGUUUUCCUGAAAAGAACAGUAUGAACAAAGAAGACACAGGAUUUAUAUUUGCUAUGCUUAUUAGUCAAGAUAAUUGGAGUAAAGAUACUGUUCAUUUUAUCCUAACGAGUUUGCACUUGUUGAAAGGAAACAGUUUUUAUCACUCUUUGUUUAACUCACAAUUAAAACAUAUUUUUAAUCAAAUGACUGAAUGGUUGGAAGCUGAGAAGAUUUUUAAUAGACAAAUUGCAGAUUCCUGGACGUUAUUCAUCAAGGACAACUUUAAAAAAUUCAACACACAUAUUUUUGGAAACACCCGGUGGUUCACGCAAAUGGAAAGAAUAGUUAACAGUCCUAAUGAAAAUAUUAAAUUUUCAUUGAAAGCGCAAUGUGCCCAACAGUACUUCAAGUGCCUUCUAAAACAGGAUAAUGACGAUCAGUUGCUGCGUUAUUAUAAAAUGUUUCUUAAAGAAUUUGAAAACAAACAAGUUCCUUUGAGACUAUUCUCAGUUCACUUUUUAAAAUUAUUCAUACCUUGGAAGUACGACACGAUUCCACCUGAGGAUCAAGUUAUUUUUAAUGACAUGUUGAUUAACCAUUUGUAUUGGAGGUUUGGAUCUGAUGAGUACUCGUUCCCUCUUGGUGACUAUUUGGAACUUAUGUCAUUAUUCUUUUUGAAAUGUCGAAACUCAUUUCAUGCAAACUCAUUCUUCUACAAAAAUAUACUUUUUCAAACGAUUAUGUUAUAUCCAAAAUCUGAUUGCAAAGAAGAGCUUGGAAAUAAUAUUAUUGCAUCUCUUUACAUUUUUGACCAACUGUCAGGAAACAUCGAUAGUAUAGUACACGGAUGUAUAAUCAAACAGUGUUCUCACAAAUGGGUUGGCAAUUAUGAACAGGAGAAGAAGAAAAUUCAGUUUAAUACUUAUCAUCAAUAUGUUUCUUUCUGGAUACAUAUUAUGUGUUUUCAAUGCGAAAACACUACAAUAGAAAUUCCUCAAAAAGAUAGGGACAUUUUUUGUCAAAAAUUAUUGUCAUCGUUUAUAAAAUUGCUUGAACAAGGAUUCGAAAUGAGUUUAGAAUCAGACUUUACGAAGAGUCGAAAUAGUCAAGAAUUCACUGAAAGCACAAUUAUUUCAACUUACAAUGUAAAUGUAACCAUUUUUGAAAAUUUUUCUGUGUUAUUCUGCUGUGUUGUCAAUGAAAUUUGUGAAAAAAUACCAGUUCCUGUGAUUGCUGAUUUGUUUAACAAAGUGACUAGCAUGUCAAGGAGAAAUCCUGACAUCUAUGGUUUAUAUGCCAUUACGGCGACUUGUUUAAACAUUAUGAAGAAACACAGCUAUAUAUUAAAUUUUGAAUUAAGUAAUGACUUGUUUAAUAUAAACCAAAUUACAUUUGAGUAUUUUAACCAUUUAUUCCAAAACGGAAAAACAUUUGAUGAGAAGUUGUUAGAGACACUAGAGACAAUUAUCUCAAUUCCUGUGAAGUUAGUGCCAUAUUUUUCCCCUGAAUUGCUUAUAUUUUUCAAGAAUAUUUUUUACAAUCAUUUCUAUGGUUCGGAACCAGUUUACAAAAGUUUAAAUGCUAUACAUUCAUGGAUUACAAUUCUUGGACUAGGACAACUGGAAAAUUUUCUUAGAGACCUCAUACCUUCUUUUAGAAAAUUUAUAUUCCAACUUGAAAGUGAUGUUGAUGAUAAAAUAUUUAAGCAUACGUCCAAUUCUUAUAAUUGUAUCAUUAAGCUUUUGGCCUUAUUUCCACAAAACCUGUGCUGCCACUUGUUUGAUCAAGAUCCAUUGGCAGAAGUUCAAUCUUCAUACCGGCUGAGUUUACAUGUGCCAUCAAAAAAACUUAUGGGACUAUCCUUCCAAAUAGAUUGCAUUAUACCACGUGUCAUAUUACUUGUGAGUGAAACUGCCAAUGGAAAACUAAAGCAAUCCUCUUGUGAGCUACUUCAUUCACUUUGUGUAUUCUGUUUAGGCACAAGUUCACAGUUGGAUCUGUUACACAGUACAAAUUUUAAAAUCUUACUCAACAGUAUAAUUGAGACCAUGAUUUCAACUUCAUAUCGCUCUGACGGAGUAGUUUACGAAAUGUUCAAAUGCUUGCUUUUUGAAAUCUGCCAUCUCUUUGCGACAAGGCUUCAUUAUUAUAGUAAUUUUGCAAGCUCUUUUAUUGACAUUAUACUGAGAGGACUGUCGAAUGAAGUCACUUCAGGUGCAAAGAAGUUAAGCAUGAAGUGCAUGAACGAAUUUAUCACCUGGACAUCAAAAAGUGAAAACAAUGAUAUCAUUCUUAAUAACAGUCGAGAACUUGUAACAAAACAAAUUUGCUAUUAUUUCCUUCAUGGCUGUACAAACAGAAGGAGGGGGGCAGCCAUAGCUUUUAAUUGUAUUGCCGAAACAGUUCUUAAGGAAAGAGAUUACGUUAACAAAUACAGCAUUUACAUUAUAUUCUACAUGAUAACAAGUUUAGAAACUUACGAUGAAAAAAAUAACGAAAUGAGAACUUUUUUGGAAUUGUUACAAAUUGCUGUAGUCGAUUUUUUUGAACCCGAUUCGUUCAGAGAGAGGCUACAUCCGGAAGGAAUUGAAGAUACAACCAUGCAAUGUCUUUUAAAGUGGCUACUUGGAAAGUGUACUUCAUACAGUUAUGAGUGUCGUAAUAGUUGUAUUAAAUUGAUAAAUCUAUUUAGUGAUCAUUACAAAGAUGCAAUAGACAUAUCUCAUUUGUUUUCUGAUAAUGAUAAAACUUACCUUAGUCAAUUUAUGAAAAUCAUUGAUAUGGAGCCUCCAAGGCAAGGUGAUGAUUUAUUAAAAUGGCUGUCAACUUUGAACAUUGUGUUGGAAUAUUUGGAAUUUCAUCUUAGUAAAGUUGGCUCAAAUCCACCUUUGCUAGAGUUGAUUUCAAAAUCAAUUCAUGGCUUCUUUGGGGUGCUGGACAAUUUAGAAGGGCAUGACGACUUCGCAUGCAAUAUACCGAAUGAAAUGGUGAACAAAAACAAAAUGAAACAUUUGUGGUAUAAGCGCAGCAUAACAUCAAAUAUUGCAAGAAUAUUUGCAAAUGAUUCAAACUUAUUAGAAAUCACUGUUAAUUCUAAUCCCAGUUCACUUAUCAACUUUAUAUGCAUGUAUUUUACUUGCCCUUUAAAGGUUGGGUAUUUCGGACACCACGCUCAUCUAGAAUUGGCAAAUAUAGUGAAAAUAGUACAAAACUUGUCGAUUGUGAAAAGUACUUUGCUGAAUCAACUAGUCCAAAAGUAUAAUGAGACUGUUGAUUUGGUAUUGAACACACUGCAAAGUUAUUCCUGCCCCACGCAAGAAUAUUUUGACCUCCUUUCUAAGCUGGAGUUUUUAUUUCGAGAGACAAAUAAAUACGACAUAAUAAAGGCUUGGAAAUGGUCUCCUCUCAGGAUUAUGAAUUAUUUGAAACAAUUGGUAAUUAAUGGAAAAAUUAAAUCAAAUCAAAUUAAUUACCAAGCAAGAAAAUUGUUAUCUAAAAUACUCGAUUUUUCAAUUUCACUGACACCUCAAAAUACAUCUUGGUUUUGGAACCUUUUCUGUUUUAACGAAGGCUCUAUGUUGGAAAAUUACUGGUUGAUGACCGAGUUUGAUUUUUUUUUAAUAUUUAAGGAUGUGUUUUGCAGUUACAUUGUUCAAAAUUUUGAUGAAUCAUCCGUCGGAAAUUUAAAUUCUGCAAAAUUGGUCAUUAUUAAAGAAGUAUUGGAAUGGGCUAACAAGGACCAACCUUGCAACACAAUUGGUAUUGGAAAUGCUGUAUUAAAGUAUUUUAUCAAUCAGUGGAGAGAUACGGAAAAGUGGCUGGAAAUGCAUUCAUCGAAGAAAAACGACAUUCUCGACUUUCUCUAUGUUUUGGUGAAAACCAUGCAUGUUUGUUUUUAUGGCAAAUCAAAAUUGGGAAAUUGGAUUUGGUCGGAAUUCGAUUUUACCAAUAUCAAUUAUAUAAAACUGCUUCCUUAUGUUGUUUCAUCCUCUUCUUAUCUAUUAAUUACAAAACUUAAAAACAGCAGCUGUACCGAAACUUUAUUUCAAGAAAAAUUAUGGAACGGUUUUAAAUGUUCUGCCAACACCAGUUUGAUCGCUUUUAUCAUUUCAAACACUCUAAAGGAGAAAGGUGAAGCACACUUCUCUACACAUGACAUAUCGAAUAUGCUUUCGAGGAUGCCAAAAGAAACAGAAAACACUUUGAUUUGUGAUAGCUACAAUGCGAUCUUGUGGAACGAUGGUGAUUUGGAAAAAAGAUUACAUCUAUUGAAAAAUAUAUUCGUCCCUUUAUGCUAUAAGGCAGGUUUAGAAUCCAUAACAAGAUUUUAUGUAGAGAAACUUAAAGAAUUAAAUACGAUAAUAUCAACAGACAUUAUUCAAUCUGUUGCUCCUCCUAACGAGGAGGAAAAAAGUCUCAUCAGUAAAAAGACUAUAGCCUUUAUUAUUCUAGAGACUAUGUUUGGAGUUCUCAAAAUUGAAUAUGUUCUCAAAUGUAUAAAGCAAGGAUUUAAAACUGACAAUGCAAGAAAUUUGGUUAAACAAAUGCUUCUUAGAGCGUAUAACAUUAGAAAGUGUAAACCGCACGAGCUUGGUGGGAAAACUUACUGUGAAUACUGGCGGUCGCUUCAGUGCGCUGCAUUUAAUUGUACAGCUGCAAUUAUUUGCAAUACUAAAAACGGCAGUGGUGAUGAAAUGUUUUAUGCAAAGUUUAUUUUUAAAGAGGAUCGUGAUAAAUGGAUGAUAUGGGAUAACAUUACCUAUAAACAAGAUGAUGUCGCCUUUGUUUCUUUCGAAGAACGUAAAAGAUCAGCUAAAAUUAAAGUCUCGACAUCAUUACAGUACAAAGAUAAAUUAAAAUUAGAGGAGAAUAUUUACGAUAAAGUUGGGUCAUCUAGUUUCUCACUGUCAACAUUUAGUCAGGAUUGUAAAACAUUUGAUUUUGUCGGUUCCGCUGAUAUUCCAGCUAUGAAUCGGGAAUGCAGCUACCAAGAAUUUCAAUUUAAAAAAGACCAAUUCAACGAACACGAAUGUAUGGGGAUUUUGUGUGGAGUUUUACAUCAAAUGAUUAAUAUUGGUGUUAUUAAGAAAAAUGACCCUAGCAUGCCGGUGUGGAUAUCUUCAUUACUUAAUUCUUUCACUUUUCCCACUUUAAGAGUAUAUGGUAAAUUAUUAAUUCUUAAGAUGAUUUUGAACACAAGAGAAAUAUUUAAACCAUACGCACAGUACUGGUUAUUGCCGAUAAUAGUCACAGCUAAUUCCAUCAUUCCUCCUUUACCAAAUCAAAAGCUGAAUUACAUGCUAUCUGACAUUGUUGUAAUGCUUCUUUCAUGGCGAGAUGCCGCCCUUCCAAAACCUACAUUUCAAAUAUGGGUGCUGAUAGAGAAAAUUAUUUCAUCUUCACCACCAAAUAUGGACAAACCUGAACUCAAGCAAAAUAUGUAUCUAAUUACAGAAAUAAUGAUUCACUGGGGCUCUAGCCUCAUAAAACCCAAAUUAGAUUCUCUUAGACAGCUGAUAACAUCUAAAGACCUGCGACAUAAUAAAAUGGGACUUCAAAUUUUUCAACUUCUUCUUAAACACGGGGUUCAAGUUUCUUCGAGUGUUAGUGAGGAGACAAACUUUGAUGAAUUUAUGCAAUUAAUUGAUAAUGUUGAUCAAGACAUAUUUAUAUUAUCGGCUGAAAUUUUGGGACUUUUAUUGAGACUUUCUGUUAGUGAAGAAUCAAGAAUGGAAAGGCAAAUAAAAUUAGUCGACGUUCUGUCUAGAAUGCAUAUAAAACAUAAAGCAAAGUUUUUUGUCAUUUUUUACCAUAUUCAACUACAUUAUCCACAGUUAUGCCAUAUGUUCAUUUCCCACAUAAUUACAAAUCUGAAGCAUCAGUGUUACAACGAUACUUACAUCAAAUCUCUCAAUAUACUAAACAGUUUCUUAGCAGAAGGGCCAAACCUGGAUAAAAAUGUUUUUCAACAAUUAAAAGAUUGUUUUACAUCAAUCAAUAAUGAAGAUCAAAAAGUGUUAUGCCCCAUGCUGCAAGUUACCUUGACGUGCUUUCAAAAGUACACCGACUUUUCUCAUUUGCUAAGUUUUGAAAAUUUAAAAGUACUUAUAGCUCAGCAAAGUUUAAAUGAAGAAACACGAGGGAAAUUAUGUGAUGUCUUAGUUUCCAUGUAUGAAAGAUAUCAUGUACCUAACAGCCGAGAAGAAAGUGAAUGUAUGAAAGAAAUAGAGGCAUAUCUGUUCGUUAAACUUUUUGAUGAAAGUGCACAAAUUCAGAGUAAAAUGUUGCAAUUUUGGGUUAAAGCUGGUGUUCUCCCUCCUGAUGUGGAAAAAGCAGUUCUCUUUUUAUUAGAAUACGCACUAAAAGUUUCUUAUCAAAAAAACUUAUUAGGCAUAUUGAUCAAUGUGCUAAUCAAGUACCUGGAGCAAUUUGUAAAUUUUUCCGAACAGGUUUUCCAGUUUGCUCUCAUUGACUACAAUAAUGGACAGAUUUGUCAAAUUUACAACAAGCCAUACAAAGUUAAUGAAGGUGAGAUACUGCAUGCACCAAAGUUUGUCAUUUCAACGGACAAUUUGAGUGUUUAUAACAAGUGCCAAAAAGAAAAAAAAGGUAGUACUUGUGAAAAUUUGGAGAGACAAUAUAGAUACUACCAUGGAGAUUAUCCGUAUACCAAAAUUGCUCUAAUUGACAUAUUAAAGCCAUUGUCUUCUUUAGCAUUGUUCGAUGAAAAUUUUGCUCAAAAACUUUUCUUAGCAUUGGCUAAUGGAAUUUGUGAGUUGAUUAAGAAAGACCUUUCCCGCUGGGCUGACUUUAAGACCAACUUUACUGCGUUAUUCAAUAUAAUAGACAGAAAGCAACCUACGGUGAAACAUAAAAUUUAUCACGUUAUGUUAGAGAUUGCAAUUAGCAAUGAUAUCUGUUUCAAUUUUAACAAUACAAUAACAGAUUUGUGUAUAAGCAAUAGAUUAGAAGAACUGGGCAUACUUUUUGCUGAAAACUGUAUUGUUAAUGACAAUAGAGAAGAAGUAUAUGAGGAAUCUUCGUCUAAAAGAAUAAAGCUGGACCCUAGUUGCAUUAAGGACGAGGAACCGUAUAUUUCAACAAUUAUAAGGUUGUACCUUAGCAUCAAUGAGGAUGAUGUGGCUACAGAUAUAUUUGACGACUAUGUCUCCAAGGAAGAAAUAUACAGAAAUCAGUCUCAACAGUACCUCAGUUCUUUAUUUAAACUAAAGAAAUGUUAUGCACUUUUUGAUUGGGAGUCAUUGGAUAAAUUACUAUUUCCUGAAGGUGAAAGUUGUAGUUCAUUUUGGAACAGUCAUGAUUUAAUUUCAAGAAAAACUGAUAUAUUUCCAUUUAUUGUAAAAUCAACUGUGCAGCAAGCUAUUACUGGACGAUGUGACGCUCAACUGUUAAAACUUGAAAAAUUGACUCCUUUCAUGGAGGAUUUUGGGGCAGAAUUAUCUUUACUUUAUCUUUUAAAAGAAGAUGUUACAAAUUUGAGACUCAGUGCGCAACUGUCUUUGAGGAACCACAUUAACAAUUUUAAGAGGGAGUUCUCAGAUGUGAAAUUUUUUUCAAUACAUGGAUACAUUUUGAAACUGAAAAGUCUCAUCGAUUUAUAUAUGUUGUCAAGGGCAGAGAAUUUUUACCUGACCCAUUUUGUGGAUGAGUAUUGCGAUGUCAGAUUAAAAUUCUAUGGGAAUCUUUUGAACUAUGUUGACUACAGAGCCUUUUGCAGGGAAAUUCUACAUAUUAAUGGAUUCAAUUGUACAGCUGUGAAUUCAAGAGAAUGGGCUAUUGAAAUGAUAGAUUUUGCAGUUUCUAAACAUAAGUUUUACAUGGCAAGAAAAUACUUAGUGAAGUUGCACAAAAAAUUGGAUGACAACAUGGAAACACCUGUUAACAAAAUCAUCAAUCAAAUUAAACUGGGUGAAGUAGGCUUGCUGAAAGUACAAAUGAUAAAUGAGCCUACAUUGAAAUUAGAGAGUUUGAAAACGAAUUGGAAAGGAUUAAGUGAACUAAUAGCGUUAGUCAACGAAAAUGCUGACUGUUUUUCCGAAAGAAAAACGAUUCAGAUCAUUAAUCGCUAUAUAGCAGUUUUAUGUGCUGAGCUGAUCGAGUUGAAUUCUGAAUACGACUUUACGGAAAAUAUCAGUGAGAUUGAAAGGACAAUUCAAUCAAUUUCACCUAAUGCUGUUAGAGUAUCAGGGCAUUUUACAUUCUACAACUUAGGAGAAAAGGAGUUAUUGUUUCAGUUUGGACUGCAGUGUUUAAUAAAUACUGCGGAAUAUGAUGAAGGCAUAAAUGCUGGUAAAGCGUACAUGUCUGUCGCUAUGUUUUGCAAGAAAUACUUUACAAGAUUUGCAUACCGUGAACAAAAUAUUGAGAUUUUUAUUGCUCAGUGUAUAUUACGCUCUAUGAAACUUGGAUGCGAACAGGCACGGCAGUUGUUACCUUUGAUAUUUACAUAUAAAAAUGUGUUUAUUGAAGAGAACUGCUUGGAGGAAUUAUAUCAAGUACCUAAGUGGAUGGUGUUUAAAUGGUUGCCCCAACUUUUUGUCAAGUUGACUGAAUCUUCAUCAAAAGUCUUGUUACCUCUUCUUAAAAAAUUGUUCAAAAUUUACCCAUACAGUGCAUCAAUUUCUUUUAUAAUGUGGAAUGAUGUCUUUGGGGACGAUGAUAAUAAUAAAAAUUACUUCAAAACAUUAUCAACAGUAUCUCCAGACUGUCUAUUGAUGACAAAACGUAUCAUUAAUGGGUUAAAUCAGUUAUGCCAUCCGACAAUUUUAUUGCGUAGCUAUUUAAAAAAACUUUUAGAUGCAUACAAGACAAACAGAUCAGUUGUUGCAAUAUAUAGUGAAAUUUAUGCAAAAUGUUUUUAUACGACUGGAAAUCAAAUGGUUGGGAAAAUUUAUGAAAUCAAUAAACCACAUUUUGAUUUCGUCCAGAGGAUUCAGAAUGAAAAACAAAACUACAAUGAAUGCUGUUUUCAACUGCAAAUGAAAAUCGCAGAGUUACACCAAAAUAUACCAAAAAUUGAUGAAACAAGAUUAGACCAGUUUUGCCCUUGGCUUGCCAAUUUCACUCCACACAUCGGUUCUUUUGACAUACCGUGGGGUUAUGUGGCACCAUCCGAUACUCAUAAAAAUCCACCUAAAUUAUUAGGAUUUGCCACGACUAUUCAAUUAAUUUCAUCUCUUCGCCAUCCAAUCAAAGCAACUAUGCUUGGUAGCGAUGGUAAAUAUUAUAAAUGGUUGGUGAAAUUCGGUGAAGAUUUGCGCAGCGAUCAAAGAGUUCAGCAGCUUUUUGACUGUAUGAAUCACUCGUUUAAAAAUGUUUCUGAAACACUUGACUGCAAACUAAACAUCUAUCAGGUAAUACCACUGAAACAUAACUUUGGAUUAAUUGAAUGGAUGAAUAAUGCUACCACUAUGUCUGACUUCAUUAACAAAAGUUUGACAAUAGAAGAAAUACAAUUGAGGAAGUCUUAUCCUUACCAAUCCGUCCACCUACCCUUAUCCAGGAAGUGGCUGAAUGACUGCAGCUUACACUUGGAGUGAACAACCCCAUGAGAUCACAGAUGAGAAAAAUCUUCCGCAAAGGCUUCUGUUUGCACAAGUCAUAUGCACACCCUUUCAGCUGCAGACCAUUCAACACUAGAUUUAAAUUUUGGUAUGUGUUGUUUCAAAUAUAAUUGAAUAAAUCUGUGCAAAUAAAUCAUAAUUUUAAAUAUCCUGGGGUAGCUCAAAUACCUGUUCCAAUCAAACAGUUUUACUGUCUUAGUAGUUAUCAAAACAUUUUUUCUUCAGAUGUAGCCACAUGCUGAGCCAGCCAGAACGAGUCAUGUAGGGAAAACCAAACAGGUCCUUGCCACCGAAUAUUAUUGUUUAAAAUGUCUGCAACUAAAAGUUCACGGGAAAUUUUAUCAGCUGGGUUUUUGUUGCCAGAUACAUGGCACCAAAUGUGGCCAGGUGUUAAAUCUCUGAUUUGUAGAGAAUGCCUCAUCCCAUUCUGUCUUUAACGACCAAAGCACUUGCAAAAACAUUUUGAAUUUUACAAGGACAGGCCCCACUAAACCAAUGUGAUCGAAAACCUUAGUCGUAUCUGACAGGAUGCUACGCUUUGUAGGCUUUUAUUCUCGGGGAAGAAAAAUCGAAAAUGUAAAGUAAUCUUGUUCUGUAUUCCACCAGAUGUCAAGGGUCUUGAUCGAAACAUCCUCUUCAUUUGGUAUAAAUUGAGUUUCUCUCUUUGCUGUAGGAAUUUUGUUUAAUAAUGCCGAGUCAUUUGCACACCAUUUGUAUAAAGAAAACUGAGCGCUCUCAAGUAUCUUUAUAACCUCUUCCUGAAUCAACUUGAGAUUUUUUAAUCAUUGCAACCAGUCAAGUAGUCCAUAUAGAAAUUUUGCUAGAUUGAUUUGACUUCAGAGGGAUGGUAAACUGAAACUUAAGCCCUCUGUGAGUAAAAGAGCAACACCAGGUAAGAGAUUGUUAGUUACCUUUUAAUCUAUCACUAAAUGUUUUUCAGGUGUUUUCGUGGAUUUUCUAUAAAACCGUCAUAAUUAAAUAAAUUUUUUUUA